AUGGCGGCUCUACCGUAUUCACACUCUGCAGAAGCCGAGCCCGUCCCAUACUGCCCCUACUGGUCUGGAGUUCCCUACCUGAACCCGGAGCUAGAGAACAGAAUCCCCAAAAUCCCCACCAACAGGUCACGGCUGCCUUUUCUGACUCCUGAUUUUAACAGAACAGGUGGAUCUCCCACCAUCCGCAUUCAUGGCUCCACUCUGAGAUGGCAGACGUCGUACGGAUCCAUCCCCUCUGGUGCUGUUUAUAUCUACAACAGUUAUGCCAAACGCUACGACUACGUCUGCAAGUACGGCUGCGAGUCAGGCUUCUUCAACCCAAGUAUGGGCUCUUACUGCCACUACCCCUAUGCAGGAGUAGAGAAGUAUGCAUACCCAUUUGAAAUCCUGGUGAACAGAGACAACUUCGAGGUUUUGGAGUGGAAGGAUAACUCAUGGGGUGGGGUGCAUCAAAACUCAGUUCAGACCUGCAGUUGGGGAGAUAAGUAUGUUGGGAAGAACAAGUACGGCCUUGGGAAGGUGCACUCAAGCCACGAGUGCUUCUAUCUCCCCUGGGAGGGUGAUGAGUACUGGUACAGGGACUACCAGGUUCUGACCAUCAACAAAGAUAUCUACUCAGAGCGUAUGUAUGAUGUUGUCUACGACACUGCCAAUGUAGAAGUCACAGAGCACCCUCCAGAGGUCUUAAGCCAGUCAUCCAUCAUCAAUAAUGAGUGCAGCCCAGUUGUAAAGACAGCUCAACUCUCAAGAACAUAUCAGGAGGAGAAAAGAUGGGAUUCCAGCACCUCCCUCACAUUUGGGGUCAGCAGCAGCAUCACCGCCUCCAUCCCCUUCGUUGGGUCUAUUGGUAUCUCGUUUAGCACUGAGACAACAGAAACUCUCUCCAGCGGAACCACUGUGAUGAAGUCGACCACUCACUCCGUCUCUAUCCAGCAAACCGUUCCCCCGAUCCACUCCUGCAGCGUCAGCAUGGUGGGGCGCAAGUAUGAGGCAGAUAUCCCCUUCACGGCUCGCCUCAGCCGCACGUACAGAAACGGACGGACCACAUCGACAUCCAUCAGCGGGAUGUUCAGAGGAGUCAACAUUGGAGGGAUCCACUCUGUUGUGGAUCGAUGCGUGCCUCUGCCGAACGCUCAGCCUUGCCCCUAA